UUACCAUCUCACGCACCGAUCAAAUAUCAGUUUCAACCUUGCAUGCACAACCAGUAACAUGAAAAAUUUCGAAGAGAAACAAUAUGAUGAAGACCAAAUGUCCACGAUAGAAGAAGUGGAAAAGGUGAAAAAUGGAAGCGGAAACAAGGAGGAGGAAGAAGUAGAAGCGAUUGAAGGGGACAAGUUUCGCGAGUUAACAAUGAAAGGAAAGUGGAAAGAAGUGACUGGCAUAUUGUUGGAAGAAAACAAGGCAUUGUGCCGGAUGAAGAUCAACAAAAGCAGAGGCACCGUACUCCACGUGGCAGUGAACGAGGGGAAGGAAGAAGUGGUGAAGAGUGUGGUGAAAGCAAUCACAGAGCACGACAUGAGCAAGGCCUUUGAAUCGAGGAACGAGAGAGGGGACACUCCUCUUCAUCUUGCAGCAACGAGGGGGUUCAAGAAUAUGUGCGAGUUGAUCAUAGGAGAGAAUAAUGAGAGGAAGCAUUUGGUUGAGAUUCACAACAACGAGGGAGAGACACCACUGUUCCAUGCUGCAUUGUCGUGGCAGAAAGAAACGUUUGUGUAUCUUUGUUCCUUGAUGCCCCAAGGUGCUAACUAUUGCAAAGAUCUCGUACGGAACAAUGGGGAUAGUAUUCUUCACUGUGCCAUUCGGAGAGAAUUCUUUGAUUUGGCACUUAUAAUAAUGCACAAGUAUCCCGAACUUAACGACGUUCAGAAUAGAGAGGGAUUCAGUCCUCUCAAACUUCUUGCCACUAGGCCCUCAGCCUUCAAAAGUGGAAGCAAUCUGCGAUGGUGGAAGACUAUCCUAUACCAUUGUAUAUUUGCAGAAACUCUAAACGUGGAAAAAGCAGAGGAAAUGUACAAAAAAGUGGAUGAACCUGAUCAAAACAAUCAAUUUCCAAGAAACUACGACACAUGUUAUCAGCUUUAUGAUCAAUUUCUAAAGUUGAUUAAGGAACUUGUUCUUCAAGUGCGACAUCUUGCUGAAGUAAUGAAUUCUCUUUUAAAUAAACUUGGAAACAAGAAAGUGGAACGAGAAGCUCAACAAAAACAUCAACAAUGUCAAAUAUCGAUGCCAGAAGAUUCAGUUCAUGAGGUUGUUCCACCAAAUUGUGUUACUUGUCUUCAGUUUGUGAGGCUUGCAUACAUUUAUACUCUUGGCCUUUCGGGAGUAGGGGUUGAAAAUAUUAAGAAGAUGAAGCAAAAGCACGUAUGGAGUAAUCAACUUCUAAAAGAAUUUAUGAAAAACCCUAAUGAGAUGUAUAUGGGAAGUGGAGGUCCACCACCAUCGGACGUCAGUACUUUUAAACCAGAUUUCAUUUCUUUCAACAAAGGGGUUGAAGACACUAAGAAGAUGAAACAAAAGCUAUGGAGUAAUCAACUUCUAAAAGAAUUUAUGAAUAACCUUUAUGAGAUGUAUAUGGGAAGUGGAAGUCCACCACCAUCGGACGUGGGUACUUCUGAAACAGAUUUCAUUUCUUUCAACAAAGCGUCACGAACCAAUAAGGGUUGGAUGAUAUCUGGUGCUGCCUUGCAAAUGAUGUGGCAUAUCAAAUGGUUUCAGUACAUAAAGGGGCUAGCGCCGGAGCAUUUCACAAUUAGAACCAACAAAGCGGAAAAAAUCGCAGGUGAAAUCUUCAAAGAUUCACAUAAAUUACUCGUGAAAGAUGCUAGUGAGUGGCUCAAGGACACAUCAGAAUCUUGCUCAGUUGUGGCAGCACUCCUUGCCGGAGUUUCCUUUGCUACAUCGACCACUGUCCCUGGUGGUGUCAACACUGACACAGGUGAUCCUGCAUUAAAAGGAAGGCCUGCAUUCCAGGCAUUUGCACUGUUCUCAUUGAUGGGGCUAUGCUUCUCCGUCACUGCCCUCGUAAUGUUCCUGUCUAUACUCACUUCUAGAAAAGAAAUCAAAGACUUCAGAACAAGUUUGCCAGUUAAAUUGCUUCUCGGCUUAAGUUCACUUUUCUUAUCCAUUACCGCAUUGUUUGCAACUUUCUGCUCGGGCCAUUUCUUUGUGAUUGAUGACAAAUACAAACAGAUUCUAAUCCUCAUUUAUGCAGUCACUUGCAUGCCUGUGACUUUCUAUGCUAUAGCCCAGUUUCCACUUUAUGUUGAUCUUGUGAGAGCCAUUACAACGAAAGUGCCACUGGCAAGUGAUAAGAGUACUGAUUAUUUAUAGAAAUGGUUCGGUUUGUUCUAUUAUUAUGAGUGUAGCAAAUUGAGAGUGUGACUUGUUCAAGUUAUAUUAUCACAAAUUGUGUCAAUUGUUAGAACUGAGAUUAAUAAUUAUUUGUGCAUGUUUAACCUUCA